AGAAUAGAGGGAGACAGGGAGAAAAAGAGAACUCUUUACGAUGGUCGUUCUGGUGCACAGCCACCGGCCAUGCCGUUUUCCGCAAUGGCGGUAUAAUUUUACGAUAAAAAAGAAGAGGUUGCGGUAAGACUACUCUACUUAUAAUAAAAGUUGAAAAAUCUAAUGGACAACCAAAUAGGAGGGGUUGAAGUGGGAGAUAUUCCGAUGAUCGAAUCACCGAGUAUUAAUGACUCUUCAGAUAUUCCGGAGUUGGAAGUAUCCGAAUCAACUAGUCUUAGUCCACUUACAUCGUCUUUGGAUCACAACCUUACUAUCCAAGAAGAUAAUGUUCUUGCAGAUGUGAAUAUGGGUAUCGCAGAGACUUGGGAUGGACCGAGUACACCAGCUUCAAAUAUCGCGAUACCACUACCACCGCCACCAGUUCACGAUUAUUUAGAUGUAGGAGCUGAUCCAAUCAGCGAUACUGAAGGUGUAGAGCACGGACCUUUUUUGCCACCAAUCAAUAAUCUCUUUGCUGAUUCAUCGGACAUUCAGGAAGAUGCUGUUGUUGAAAUAUCAACAACGGCGGGUGUUUGUGGUCUUAAAAAUUUAGGCAACACUUGUUUUAUGGCAGCAGGAUUGCAGUGUCUUGCCGCUUCACCGCCAGUAUUACAGUACUUUCUAGAAGUACAGCAGAGCGACGAGAAACUGCUACCAGCUGGUUCACUAAUGACCCAUUUUAGCGCGCUGCUGACCAAAAUGUGGUCGCGUAAAUACAUGGUCGUUAAACCAACGGAGUUUAAACAGACAUUGGGUGCUUAUCAUUCACAGUUUAAAGAUUAUCGGCAACACGAUUGUCAGGAGUUUCUCGCUCUCUUGUUGGAUUCAUUGCAUGAGCAAAUGAAUACAGCUAAAGUCGCUAAAAAUUGUCUGCAGCAGCAACAAGUACCAGCGACUGUUACCACUGCCAAUUCUAUAAACUCCAAUAAAAAGAUUGAAAAUGUACCGUCAAUGCCGCCUAUAAUGAGUUCUACGGCUGUUAGUACUGAUGAUAUUGCCGUCACUGCCUCUACUAAUGCUAAUGAUGAUUACAUGGAUACGUUUGACAACUCACCAUCCUCUGACUGUCCUAAUAGUCCAAAUGUUACAAUGGCUGGUUCACCCAAAGAUUUAGACUCUCCGAUGGGUGAUCUCGAUAGUACAGCAAAUUCACCACGAGGAUCACCAUUAAAUGAAGAUGAAGAAACAUUAGACUCGGAUGAAACUCUAGAUACUAAAUCCAGCUUCAUUUAUAACAAAGUAUACGACACUGAGAUGAACGACAGUAACAAUCCACUGCGACUCGAUUUAACUCAGCUGUCGAAAAAAAAUACUCAACUUCAUGGUAUCUAUGAUAUACUAAAAGACGCUAAAACAAGUAAUGCUAAUUUCCUGGUAACGCCUCAAGAGUGCAAUAAUGAAAUAUGUUAUGAUUCCCAAAAGUUUCAAAAAGAUAAUCUUCGUAGAACAACUGCGUUAGAUAAUUCGAAUUUAACUGAAAAUCAUGAUUUCGAUAACAAAACACUUAGUAUCAAACGUAUUAAAGAAGUAAAUGUGCAAAAAAAUAAUUGUAAUAAUGAUUGUCUAUCAAAUAACUCGGAUACUGAGUGUGAUAAUAAUGGUUUAGAAAAGUGCAAUGUUAAGCGUAUGAAAUUAGAAGAUCACGAAAAAAAAAAUCAUAGGAAUAUUGAUGGUGAUAUUGAUAGUAAUAUUAACAAUACAAGUGAUAAUAAUCUGUGCUCACGAACAUUUGUUAAUUGUGAGAAUGGUGCUAUUGCUGAACAAGAUGAAAUUGAGGCUGAUAAACAUUGGGCUAAACAUUUAAGAUCCAACCGUAGUAUCAUUGUUGAUACAUUUCAAGGACAGUUCAAAAGCACGGUUGUAUGCGCUGUAUGUAAACAUGUGUCGGUGACCUAUGAACCUUUUAUGUAUUUAUCUGUACCAUUACCCCACGCAAUGGAGAGACAAUUAAACGUUACGUACAUACCGGCUAAUAAUGAUCCACCGAUUAGGUGCGUUGUAUCAUUUAACAAACAGUCACGUAUCGGUAAACUCAAAGAGGAAUUAUUGAAGACUUUGGGUAAAGAUGAUGUUGAUAGUUGUAAUAUUGCAUUUGCUGAAGUCUUGGAAAACCAUAUAUCUAAAAUAUUGGACGACAAUCUGAUGCUGAGAUGUGUAAACGAUACGAAUAGAUCGAUUUAUGCAUUUGAGUUGAUGGAUCCGCCAGACGCUUACACGUCGACGCCUGAAGGAAAUACUGAUAGAGUAAUUGAAACCGAGCCAUGCCAGAACGGAACUUCCUCUGGAGAGGAAAUUGGUCCUUGUACUAUAUGCCUGGAGGAAUUGGAUGGCGACUUAAAGAGACACAGCGGUGAUAAUUGUACCGUUGUGAUGUGUGAGCCUUGUAUAGAGAACUACUUCAAGACCCGUACGGAAUCACGAGUGUGUCCAGUGUGUAACGUACAAGUGGAGAAAUCUUCAUUUACUAAAAUUGAUCAAACCGGUCGUCCCAGGCCAGCAAUACGAAUACUCAAUGUACCUCUUGUACUAAGGCACGACACCAACGAGGCGCCGAAUAAUCGCAAGAGUACUAAGCUCUUUGGAUACCCACAUUUGGUCAGAUUGCCGUCGAGAGUCAAUGCUGAGAAUUUGCAUCAAGUCGUCAGACGGGUUGUACCACAUGAAGGGGAAUAUACUGUGCAUUUUGUCGACGGACAGGGCCGUCAUUGUUCUCGUUGUAUGUACAACGUCCAUUGUACUGGUUGCAGUGUUCCAGAAACUGGGAUGGUUGACCUCAGA